AUGUUGCCUCUACCAGGGAAGGCUCGUCGAGUCUUGUUGAAGCCGUUCCUCUUCGCGAAGGAGCAGAUCAGGCGGCUGGAUGCCGUAGUGAGGUAGAAACUUUGAGGAAGACUUAUUUUAUGCAUCAUUGUACUGCUGCUAGUCAGGCGGCUGGAUGCCGCUAGUCAUGCAUUUAUGCUGA